AAUUAAUCUGAGUUCUCGGGGCGCCUGGAAGGAAACUCCAACCGCAGCAACGUCCGAGUGGAAAGCGGCGGGCAGCUCGCCGCUCUCACGUUCAGGAUGGAAGCUGCCGCCACGUGGGACCCUCCGUCAUGCCACCAGCAGGAGGCGCUGUCAUCUUGACCUCUUCAACCUUUAACCACGAAAUCUUCCAGCCGGAGCACCAGAAGGUAACAACCGGGUGUCGCUGAUUAGAACCUGCAGCCCUCCUCUCAGGGUGCUUCAUCCAUGUUGAACUCAUCGAGGAGGAGGAGGAGGUUCCUGAAGGCUUCCGGAGGCGAGCGCCAGGAAUGGAACCAUCACCUCCUGUGGCCACGUGGCCGAGAUCUGAAGGAAACCCAGUAGACGUGUGAGGUCUCUAGAAUCAGAACAUAACGAGAUUACGGACGACACAAAGGGCGUAACCACGGGAACCGCCGGACCCUCCUGGAGGUCAAUGACCCGGAUCCACUGACCACGGUCCGUCUCUGUGUGCUGGGACCCAGUCUGUAAACACAGUGGACCUCGUGGAGGCCUGCAUGGUUCUGCAUGGUUCUGGACCCAUCAUUACAUCAGUAAAUCCACAACUGGAACCGGACUGUUGAUCACCCCUCUUGUCUCGUUAGUCUGAUGUCGUUCACCUGUUUCCCCCCCUAUAUAUUGUGUCAGUCUUUCCCUUGUCUGCUGUCGGAUUGCCGUCUCUUGUUCCGUGUUCUUUUCCCGUCGUCCUGUCGUGUUCCUGAUCCUGCCUGCUUCGAUCCUGCCUGCCCUGACCGAUGAUCCUCUGCCUGCCCCUUUUGGACCUUGUUUAUUUUUCAACUCUUUUGCCUCAUUGAAGAGCGCCUUUUUGUUACUUAUAUUUUGUCCAUUCUGUCCCUCUGCACCUGAGCCUCACCCCGUUACACUCCCCGUGACAGAACAAUCGGACCAUGAUUGGCUCAGCAGAGGACAGUGUGCGCUCAGCUCUCCAGACGCAAGAGGAGCGUCUUUUAAGAAUUGAGCGGUUAAUCUCUGGAAAGUACAAGCAGCUCCACGACCAACAGAGUUCCUUGACCGUACAGCUGAGGGAUCUGCAACUCUCAAGCGAGCCGGGUCGGGCCGGUUGCGGUUCCCGGUCGCCUGAUGGGUCGGCGCCGCCAGCCCUGUCUGGCUACCAGCCCAAGCCCCAGCAGCCCUCGCCGUGCCUAUCUCCGCCCCGGCCGGUCCCAGUUCCUCCGUCUCUGUCUUUGCCCCGGCCGGCUCUCGUCCCUCCUGUUCCUAUUCCGUCCCCUUCCCGCCCGGUGGUAGUUCCCUGUGUCCCGGCUCCUCGUGUUCCACUGCCGUCCCGGCCGUUUCCCCCGUCCCACUCUAGUCUGUCCCGUCACCGUCCCCCCCUUGCCGCUUCCGGUUCCCAGUGUCCCGUCACCAUCCCAGCUGGCUCCAGACCCCGGCCUCUCCUGUGCCCGGUACCCCAGCUACCCAUCCCGGUACUCCGGCCCGCCCUCCGGCACGCCUUUCGCCUGGUGAUCGCCCGCCGGCCCACCCCCCGGACUGCUUCUGCCAUGCUUCUGCCAUGCUUCUGCCUGCCCUGACCGAUGAUCCUCUGCCUGCCUCUUUUGGACCUUGUUUAUUUUUCAACUGUUUUGCCUCAUUAAAGAGCGCCUUUUUGUUACUUAUAUUUUGUCCAUUCUGUCUCUCUGCGCCUGAGCCUCACCCUGUUACACUCCCCGUGACACAACUGGGAGGCUCGCCGUUGCUCCCUGGCGUCCGAGCUGCUAGUGAGUCACUGAGCUGCUAGUGGAGUCACUGAGCUGCUAGUGAGUCAUUGAGCUGCUAGUGAGUCACUGAGCUGCUAGUGAGUCAUUGAGCUGCUAGUGAGUCACUGAGCUGCUAGUGAGUCAUUGAGCUGCUAGUGGAGUCACUGAGCUGCUAGUGAGUCAUUGAGCUGCUAGUGAGUCACUGAGCUGCUAGUGAGUCAUUGAGCUGCUAGUGAGUCAUUGAGCUGCUAGUGAGUCACUGAGCUGCUAGUGGAGUCACUGAGCUGCUAGUGAGUCACUGAGCUGCGUGUUGGCAAAGAGGAUGAAGUUUAACUAGAAGUGAGGAGAGCAGGUCAGUGAGCUGUUGUUGUGUUCACUUGUCUCUGUUGUUUUUAUGGUUGUUUCUGAUUCUAUUGUGAGGCGUUUUAGCGCCACAGCUGUGUCUGGUUGUGUUGUUGUGUAUACAUGUGGCUGGUUCUUGUCAAUGUGUUGUUGUCAUGGUGAUCUUUACGGUGCUGUGGACUACAGGCUUGUCCUGAAUGACAUCCCGUCAUGGCGUGUUUAUGUAUCUGUUGGCGCUUCAUGUAACGUUGUAUUCCACUUGUUGCAGUGUCAUGUGAAUACGACUCACAACCCACAACUCCUCUUUCUGUCUGCCCCUUCACAAUAAAAGCCCCGCACCGGAA